AUGGAGAAUGAUAGGACAGAAGAUUAUUAUAAUAACUGGCCCAAUGACAAGGGUUUCGAUCCUGAAUACGAACAGCGCAAACCCGUCGAGCUCUCUGUGAUAGGACAUAUUCCUGCCUACGCUGCUGGAGUUCUGUACCGCACAGGUCCAGGAAAAAGCCAUGUCGAAGCCGAGAAUGGAGAAACACUGCGUCUCUCCCACUGGUUCGAUGGAUUCGGUCAAAACCAUCGUUUCCAGAUCUUUGCUCCAGAUGACUCCUGUACUUCACCUCGGGUUUUCUACAACUCUCGCUUCUCAACCGAUGACCAGAUCGAACUAGCAAGGAAGACGGGAUCUCUGCGCACGAUCAGUUUCGGACAGAAACGCGAUCCCUGCAAGAGCGUCUUGGGCAAAGUCCAGACUGAAUAUGUCGCGCAACCCACUCCGUCGAGUAAGAACAUAUCUGUCACCCUUUCGAUCAAUGUUCCAGGCCUUGAUCCCAAGCCCGAUGAGUCGAAGUCAGCUUCUCGGUGGAGUGAUUCCCGAGCAAUCCGAACCCUCUAUGCGAAGACCGACUACAACGCCUUUCAAAAGCUCGAUCCAGAAACCCUGGAGCCCAUCGGCCUGGCCUCGCAGACAAGUUUACACCCUGAGCUUUCGGGGCACCUCGCUGCAUCUCAUGCCCGAUCCGACCCUAUCACGGGAGACAUGUUCAAUUAUAAUCUCACGCUGGGACCAACCUGUACAUACCGUGUUUUCGGGGUCUCGGCUUCGACUGGGGAAACCACAAUCCUAGCAACCUUCCCCGCAACACCUGUUUAUAUUCACUCAUUCCUCAUCACGGAGGACCACAUUUUGCUAUGUUUGUGGAACUCGCACAUAAAGCCACGGGAGUUUGACUCCUCGUUCAUAGAUGCGAUCUCGCCAACAGACCCAAGUCAGCCGGCAGUGUGGCAUGUCAUUGACCGUAAGCAUGGCAAGGGAUUGAUCGCGACAUACGAAAGCCCUGCGUUCUUUUGCUUCCACACGGUCAACGCAUGGCUCGAACCCUCGAAGGAGAAUCCGGCGGAGUUGGAUAUUGUUGCAGAUGUCGUGAGAGCCGACAGUUCUGAAUGUUUGCAAUCUCUCUAUUAUGAGAAUUUGAUCUCUUCAUUGGAUACAGCCAAGGCCUUCCAAAAGAAGAAAGACGAUUCUUUCCGUUCAUCAUUUACUCGGUUCCGACUGCCUGCGGUGCCUUCCGCCCCAUGCACCGAGCCCAAGAAAGCAAUAGUCGAGUGGUCUGUUUGCAAAUCGUUGUCGCCUGAGCUGCCAACUCUGAAUCCGAAAAUUGUCACCCAGAAACACCGAUAUGUCUACGCUGUGACCUUCCGCGGAGAGGCAACUCUGACAGAUGGUAUCAUGAAGCUCGAUUGUGAUACCCAGCAAGUGCAGCUCUGGGCAUGCCACGGCCAAUCGCCUGGCGAGCCCAUUUUCGUCGCUAACCCCGAAGGCACUAGUGAGGAUGAUGGCGUACUUCUUAGUGUGGUUCUCGACGGGAUGCGUAGCAAGAGUUAUCUGCUCUGCCUCGAUGCUCGUAAUUUGUCGGAGCUUGGUCGAGCAAAUGUCGACGGGGCCGUUGGGUUCGGAUUCCAUGGACAGCAUGUUCCGACUGUGGGUGGAAUGCCUACAGGUGACUACUAA